CGAAGAAUACAGUAUGUUGGAGCAAAUUUUCACCAGGGAGGACAUCAAGACGGUUCGCCUGGAAAGUCCCAAGACGCCGAUGGGGGAUUUUUUCCGUGGGAAAACCGUCUUUCUAACCGGCGGAACCGGAUUUUUGGGUAAAUUGUUCAUCGAAAAAUUGCUGCGGUGUGAUGUGCACGAAAUAGUUCUGCUGAUCCGCAGCAAACGGGAUCGAACACCACGGGAAAGGUUGCAGCGGCAGUUGGAACGUGAGGCCAUAUACGUAAGGUACGCCAAACAACCGGACUUCUACUGGAACAGGUUACGCAUCAUGGAGGGCACCCUGGAGGACGGCAAGCUCGGCCUGACCGAGCCGGAGCUGGACUACCUGCGGCGGAAUGUCAAUAUCGUAAUUCACUCCGCCGCGGACGUGCGGUUCGAUGUUUCCCUGAAGACUAUCAUCAAAACGAACGUAACCGGCGCUAAUGAACUGUUGCAAAUUGCGCUGGACAUGAAAAACCUGGUUUCCUUUUUGUACAUUUCGACGGCGUACUCCAACUGCAACCAGGAGGUGGUUGCGGAAAAGUUCUACGAAAUGAACGUCGACCCGAUGGCGAUGGCUCGACUGGUGGAAGUGACGGAGGAGCAGCACUUGGAUGCGUUAAGCCGAAAGAUUAUGCAUCCAUGGCCGAACUCGUACACCUACGCCAAAGCACUGGCGGAGAACGCCAUUCGGGGCUACUGCGGUCGACUGCCGGUAGCGGUGAUUAGACCGUCCAUUGUAAUUUCAACUGCGGAAGAUCCCAUUGAAGGAUGGACUGACAACGUGUAUGGUCUGAAUGGCGUAGUGACUGGAUUCGGAUGUGGUAUUCUACGUGUUUUGCACUGCAAUAGUGAUUAUCAUGUAGAUAUUAUUCCUGCGGAUUUGGUGGUAAACUCUAGUCUUGCUGUCAUAUGGUAUACGUCGACCAAGCAGCCGAAUCAAGUUUGCGGUUCGGCUGAAAAUGUGUUUAACUGCACGACUCGACUGGAUAAACCCUUUGCAUUCUCUGAUGUCAGUAAAUAUUCCAAGGACUACAUUCUACAGCUUCUGCCAUUAAAUGCGUUGUGGUAUCCGACGUGCAAACUCACGCCAUCAGCUAACGUUUACUAUGUGCUACAACUGUUCUAUCAUUUCAUUCCAGCAAUUUUGUUUGAUUGCCUGGCGAAGUUAAAUGGGAUGGAACCGAAGGUUUUAUAUAUCUAUCGGAAAAUUCAGCAGUUCAGUGAUGUUCUCACCUUCUUCACCACCAACGAGUGGAUAUUUAUCAACGACAAAAUGCGAAAAGUCUACGACAGCAUGGCACCGGAGGAUCGGGACUAUUUUCCGGCCGACAUUAAGAACAUCAACUGGGGCGACUUUUUCCUAACCUAUCUGCUCGGGCUGCGAAAGUACAUCGUCCGGGAGAGUCUUGAAAAUCUAAAACAAUCCCAGCGGAAGUGUUUCCGGCUGCUGCUGGCUCACUAUUUGAUUCGGUUGGUAGUUUACUCGGCACUGGCUGCACUGCUGUAUGCGCUGCUCACAAGAUCAACGUUCAAACAUGGGUUGAAGUUUAUCCAGGAAACCAUUGUGUUCUAUUAGAUUAAGAGAUUAAAUAA